AUGGCCGCCCGCGCCCCUGCCCGCCGCGGGCCGCGGGGCGUGCCGCCUACGGAGCGCCGGAGGGAGCCGGGCAUUCGCCUGCGCCUGCGCACUGCGCAAAGGCGACUUUCUCUCAACGCCGGCCGCCCCCGCCCGGCGGAGCUUUUGUGGCGCCGACAGCGCCGGUGCCUGCCUCGUCACUUCGGCACCCUCAGGGCCGCCCUGGCGCGGCGCCAGCGCGGAUCCCGGCCCCGGCAGGGCCCCCCGGCAUGGCGCGUGUUCGACACCCCGCAGGCCGCCUUCGGGGCGCUGCGCCCCGCCUGCGUGCAGCUGACGCGGGCGCAGACGGUGGAGAACGUGCGGCAGCUGCAGGCGCACCUGGCCGCGGUGAGCGGCGCGGCCCUGCAGGAGCUGCAGGAGUACGUGCUGUUCCGCCUGCGCUUCGCCCUGGCGGGUGGCCGGGCCCCAAGCAGGAGGCGGCUGGUGCAGAGCCUGGUGCAGUGCAUCUCCUCCGUGCUCGCGGCGACGUGCGUGAGGAAGCGGGAGCUGCUGCAGGAGCUCUUCUCCGAGCUCUGCACCUGCCUGGCUCCCCCGCCCAGCUCGGGCAAGCCCGCUCCGCUGUCCGAGGAGCUGAAGCUGGCCGUGAUCCAGGCGCUCCACACCCUGAUGCAUUCGGCUUAUGGGGAUGUUGUCUUGUCCCUGUACCAACCCUCCACCCUCCCGCUCUUGGGAUUUGCAGUGUCUUUGCUUCUGGGCCUUGCAGAAAAAGAAAAAGCAAAGCAAAUCAAGAUCUCUGCUUUGGAGUGCUUACAGGUCCUGGUUCUGCAGUGUGACUGCCAGGAGCACCGACACCUGGAUGAAGAGGAGGCACAGCAAUGUGGGGAUUUGUUUGCUUCUUUUCUGCCUGGGAUUUCCAUUACGCUGUCUCGGGUUAUUACUGGAGACAUCAAACAAGGUCACAAAACCACCGUUUCUGCCAUCAGACUCUUCUAUCUGAUUGUUGGCUGGGUAAUGUCUGAUGCACAGCUAGCCAGAAUCCCAAAGAGUAAGGAAAAGCCGCCAGUGGAACAAAGCAGAGUAUCAGAGCUAAUGGUCCACAGAGGACCUGACUGGAGUAAAAGUACUGCUCAAAAACUCUCUCUCCUCCUGCAUAAAGUGGUUGAAUCUUCUUCAGUUCACCCUCACUGGAAGGUGAGACUGGAGCUGGUAGAACUGGUCCACCACUUACUGAGUAACUGCAGUCAGUCACUGGUGGACUCAUUCAGUCACCUCUUAAAGGCCUUGGUUGGGCUGGUUAACGAUGAAAACAGCGAAGUCCAGAGCAGGUGUAACGAGGUUCUGCGAGGCAUCGCAGAGCAGAGGAUCGUGGUGCAGAACAGGGCUCUUGCUGACGUCCUCUCCGAGAACCUCCAUUCCCUGGCCACAGCCCUUCCUCGCCUGAUGAACUCCCAGGACGACACGGGCAAGGUCUCCACGCUGAGCUUGUUGCUGGGCUACCUGAAGCUGCUGGGCCCUAAGAUCAACAUUGUCCUCAACUCCGUGUCCCACCUGCAGCGCCUGUCCAAGGCGCUGGUGCAGGUCCUGGAGCUGGACGUGACUGAUGUGAAGAUCGUAGAGGAGCGGCGCUGGGGGCCGCCGGGCUCCUGGCAGCAGGGUGUGCAGAGGGGCAGGCACCAGAAGAAAUACUUCCGCUUCUUCACGGAGGAGAAGGUUUUCCAGCUCCUUCAGCAAGUGUGCCGUGUUCUUGGCUACUACGGGAACCUCUACUUGCUGGUGGAUCACUUCAUGGGGCUGUACAGCGAGUCUGGCCUGUACCGAAAGCAGGCAGCCAUGGUCCUCAACGAGCUGGUCAUGGGAGCUGCUGGGCUGGGAGUGGAUGUCCUGCAGGGGAGGGAAGUCCCGCCGAGCGUGGAUGAUCUCAAAGGGUCUGUAACAUCCAUUCUGGAUGAGUACACUGACCAGGCGAACUGGUAUUUGAUCACCAGCAUUGACACAGAAGAAGCCAGCCCUGAGCACUCUGUGCAGCGCUCAGGACUCACUGCCCGUCCGGGAGGUCCGUGCAGCACCGUCCUCCUUCCAUCCCCGGAGCCCCAGGUCACGACCCGCUCCAUGAACAGCAACAUCUGGCAGAUCUGCAUCCAGUUGGAGGGCGUUGGCUGCUUUGCUGCCGUCCUUGGGAAGGAAUUCCGGCUGCUGCUGCUGUCAGCUCUGUACCCUGUGCUGGAAAAGGCUGGAGACAGGACUCUGCUCAUCAGUGAGACGGCACUGGGGACACUGGCAGACAUAUGCGAGGCCUGCAGUUAUGACUCGGUGCAGUGUUUGAUUAAUGAGAAUUCUGACUAUCUGGUGAACGGGAUUUCCCUGAAUUUGCGCCAGCUGGCACAUCAGUCUCAUGCUUCCCAGGUCCUGGACACAAUGCUGAGACAUUCGGAUGCCAGCCUGCUGCCACUGGUAGAAGACAUUAUCCAAGAUGUCCUGUCUGCACUAGAUCAGUCUUACAACAACCAGGCUUCCACCUUCCUCAGGGUCCUCCACUCAGUCAUGACAGCUCUAGUCCAGUGGUUUGGAGCGUGCAGCGCUGAGGAACACCAGCAAAGGCAGACUGACAAGGGGCAGAGCAGGACUCAGUCCCAGGGGCAGCAAGAGGUGACAAUGACAAGGCAAGAAGUGGAACGAUUCUUCCUUGACUACGUGAGCCAGAAGCAGAUCGCAGAGGGUGAUGUUCCUGACACGGGGGAGGAGGAGGCAGAUGAGGUUCCCCCCCUUGCUAAGGCAGAGCCCAACAACUGUGACACUGACGGAGAAGCUCCACUGCCGAUCCACGCUCAGCUGGCCAGGGAUGUGAUGGAGAGGUGCAUCCACCUGCUGUCUGACGGGAGCCUCCGAGUGCGGCUGAAGGUCCUGGACGUGCUGGAGCUCUGUGUAACUGUGCUGCAUCCUCAUGGAAACCAUCUGCUUCCCAUGGCUCACCGUGUCUGGCCAGCUCUCGUCACCCGGCUGAUUAGUGACGACCCUCUGGCAGUGCUCAGAGCCUUCAAGGUGCUGUGUACCUUGGCUCAAACAUGUGGGGACUUCCUGAGGCAGAGGUUCUCCAAAGACAUCCUGCCCAAGCUGACCAGUUCCCUCCUCAGCCAGGCCCCAGCAAGUGCCAGAGCCGGGCCCGUGUACAGCCACACGCUCGCCUUCAAGCUGCAGCUGGCUGUGCUGCAGGGUCUGGGCUCUCUCUGCGAGAGGCUGGACAUGGGCGAGAGUGACCUGAAUAAAGUGGCAGAUGCCUGCCUGAUUUACCUCAGCGCCAAGCAACCCAUGAAACUGCAGGAAGCUGCCCAGAGGUAA